UAGAAGACGCAAAUCUGGAAUCUGAGAUUCACAAAUCUGAAUUUCAGAUUUCCCUCCUCAUGUCUCCCAGCCAUUCUGUGUCCUGGGAAGACAUCUACUUUUUGUUCUUAGAAAACAAAGCUUCAUAUCCUCAAAGAUCCACAGAGUCCUUCAGUGCGGGGCCUGGUGGGAAGGUGACUGUAUGCUCUUGGUGAUUAUGUCAGGGCUUUUUUUGACUUUGAGGAGAGUCUGGCUACCAGUGGCUCCUUAGACUGCUUUUCCAAAAGAAGGGUUGCAGAGUUAGGACAGAGGAAGACUUGUAUGGAAAAGAAACUAUUAAAAAAAUAUUUUUUUGAGGAAAUCUUAGUGCAUUUCUUUCAUGAUAAGAAAUACAACAAAUAAAAUCCAGUGAAACAGAACAGGAUUUAAAAUACCGCACAAGUUUGCUGGGAAGUUAGACCACAGGCAAAAAGAAAACCAUUUGCAUUUUGGUAGUCAACCUUUUGUGGGACACGUGGCUCCUAUACUGAAAUUUGAAAGUGAAAUCUGAUUUGGCUGUGCAUAGUAUUUUGAAUAACUACAGGGCUAAGCUGUGUGUACCUCAGUGGUAGGAUGCUAGCCUGAACUUGAUGGAGAAAUCUCUACAUGAUGCUCAGGAGACCCUCGGGAAGAACAGCCACAUUUACUCGCAGAGGACAAUUUACUAGAAUUAUUAGGCUUCAGCCUGAUAGACAAAAUCUGUUUUAACAGCAAAUGAGAUUUGUGUAAUAGCCUCAGAAGGUUCAAAUUAUCAGAAUUAAGAGCAGUUUGUUGUUGUUGGUUUCCUUUUUAAAAGCUUAAUAAUUCUAAAUUGCUUCAGCUACUGCUUAUGUUUCACCUUGAAUGAACGUCUCAGUUUUCUUUGCCCAAGAGGAAGCGUCUCUCUGAUCUUGUGUUUCUUCAGUACAGCAUUUCCUUCUUUCCUUGAGGAGAAAAAUGAUCUGGGGAUUCCUACGUGAUCUGUUGAGUGGAGUGAAUAAAUAUUCAACAGGAAUUGGAAGAAUUUGGGUAGCAGUUGUGUUCAUAUUCUGCUUACUGGUUUACGUUGCAGCUGCAGAAAACAUCUGGAAACAUGAACAAGAUGAAUUUGAAUGCAAUAUCAAGCAGCCUGGUUGCAAGAAUGUUUGCUUUGACCAUUUUUUCCCUGUCUCCCACAUCAGACUUUGGGCUUUGCAAUUAAUCAUGGUCUCCACCCCUUCGCUCUUGGUUGUUUUUCAUGUCGCUUACCGAGAGAACAGAGAGAAACGCCAUAACCAGAAACUUUAUAAAAGUGCAGGAGAGAGAGAUGGUGGAUUGCUGUGCACUUACCUUGUCAGCCUUAUCUUAAAAACAGGAUUUGAAAUAGUUUUUCUUGUUCUGUUUUAUAAAUUGUACAAUGGAUUCAAAGUACCACGUCUUGUGAAAUGUGAUAUAAGACCAUGUCCCAAUACUGUAGACUGCUAUAUUUCCAAACCUACAGAGAAGAUGAUUUUCCUCUAUUUUCUGGUGGCAACUUCCUGCCUGUGCAUUGUAUUAAAUCUAAGUGAAUUAAGUUACCUCAUUUUCAAAUACUCUGUAAAAUGGUAUCUGAAGAUUUACAUAAAGAAACAUCAAGACUCAGAAAGCGAUUGCCACAAAUCAGAAACCAUCAUUCACAACAGAGCAGCAGCUGCAGGACGGUUCCAUGACUGCUCCCCAUCCCUGCCUCUGAAUAUGCAAGAUGAAUGUGAAAAAAAUUCCCUGUCAAUUUGAAAGAAGGCUGGAGACCACUUCCUGCUGCACAAACUGUAUUUGGCCAAUUGCUUUUCCAAUCCAUGCUUUACAGAACUGAAAAGAUAGAUAGUUAUGUAGGAAAUACUCUUUGUCUGUAAUUCCCCCUGACUUGAGAAGAUAAAUUCAGUCACAUUGUGCAUGUCAUACAUAGAAUCAUCUAAAUCUUUUCAUGGUGAAACAAGAGGUAUAGAAAUCUGAAAACUCCAUGAAGCUUCAAUAUAAAUGCAGAUGCUUAUGAUAAAUCACACCUAAACAAUUGCUCAACGAGCUGUGUUUUGAAUAUUACACAGGAUUGCUUUGGUACAAGCAAAAGGAGGCUUUUUAUAGGGAGAGUUGGAAGAACUUGGGAUUGAUGAAGAUGCUGAACAGUAAGAGGAUGUACAGCAUUGGUUGAGUGGGUGGCUCUGACAACGGUUGAAAUAGCGAGUAUAAGGCACUGGCAUAUGACGGCUGCUGGUGUGUGGAAGUGAGCUCGGUGGGCACAAGCCCAUUCCACUGGACUACUGUAAAACAUCUCAAAAUAAAAAGAAAGAAAAUAAGAAGUGGCAGACACAUCUAGUUUAGCCCAUGGUGACGAAGACAGGCCUGGCUAUUAAGCUAUUUAUGCAGCAUUUCCUUCUGGAGGUAUUUGAGCCCUUUACAGAUUUUAGGGCAUUUGUCAUCAGAGCAUGUGUGUAAGAAAAGGUACUUGCUCAAACUUGUGCAGGCAGCAUGUACCAGAGUUAACUCCUGGUCACCUGCACCAAGCAUCUUCUCAGUAAUUUAACUUUUUCUUCUGCUCCGUGGCUGUGGCAUUUAAUGGAAAAAGAUCAUUCCCAGUUCCCCAGGAUCCGAGUGGUGAAAUGUAGCCUGCACAACAUGGCAAGCCAGUAGUCCUGGCUGUCAGUAGCGAUGUCUUCUAGGAUCUAGUCUUCUGUUGAACCCAGACUUGUGCGAUGAUAGAAAUUGGCACCUAAAAAGACAUAUUUCAGGGUAGCUGAAAUACAUUUCUGUUGCUGGAAUGAAAGACCUCUGGACAUACCUCAGUACUGAGUCUGAUCAAAAUACACCUUUUAGAGAAAAACACCAUCUGCAGUAAGCAGAGCUGCCUUAAUGCUGAACUGAUGUUAUUGUUCAUGCCAGGAUAAAGAGAAGGAAACAGUAGUAGAAGCAUGUCAACUAGUUAUUUUUUUCACUCACUGCCCCUCAUCUUUGCUUACAAAGCAUUACCUCUAUGAGUCCUGGUGUAGCAGUUACAGAAUUAACUUUAAGAAGUAAUGAAUAAACUAUGCACUAUUUUUUUUUUAAUCCCCCCCCCAAAAUAAACCUGCUUUUACAAAAGGUAAAAGUACUUUUGCUGCUCCUGAGCUUGACAGGAGCAGCCUCAGGUACCAGCUUGCCAGCUUCUGGCCAGUUAAAGGUUUACAUCUUGAGUGAUGCUCAGUCAGCAUGCGUAUGGAGACUGUGCUUUACAGCACUUAGAACAUGUUCUGUUAUAUCUCUAGUAGACAGAAUACGGCUCAUGGCAGA